AAAGGAAUCGAUUUUAUUGUUUUUAUCUUUGUCAGAUAUUCGUGCAAUACCAUUCGAACGACCAGUGUUUUGUGUGUGUUUCACAAUUUCCUGCGAUUUUUUUUUUGCUGUAGCUGAAACAUCGAUAGAUGGUUUAGACAAUUUAGAUUAAUCGAGCGCAACAGAAAGUUUAUCCAAGAAUUAUGUCGAUAAAAGAUGAUAACAUUCCUUUGGCCGAUGACGACCCACAAGCCAUAAUUGAGGAUUCCAAUGACAAUAUGAAUCGAACCAAAUCAAGUGAUUCGCUGCCUAGCAUGUACAACAAUGAUGGUUCUAGUUCGUCACUGGAGCCUGAUAUCAAUCCAGAUGAACAAGAGGAAAAAGCACGCUUGAUUUCACAAGUACUUGAGCUUCAGAAUACACUUGAUGAUUUAUCGCAACGAGUCGAUGGUGUGAAGGAGGAAAACUUGAAACUUCGCUCGGAAAACCAAGUGCUGGGCCAGUAUAUUGAAAAUUUAAUGUCGGCCUCGUCCGUAUUUCAAUCAACAAAUGCAACGACAAAGAAGAAAUGAGCGAAUCAAAGCCACAGUGUGGUUUAAUCUCAAUGGAACAACUAGCAGUAUUUUUCGAUCGCUUAAAUUCAAUCACAAACAGAAGACAAAUUAUAUAUACACACACAAGUGCUUUUGCUGGUUCUAAGCUACUGACUUCUACUCUAUUUUUCUUAUAAUUUCGUGCAUUUUUUUUCUUCUACUAAUAAUUUUUAAUCGAAAUUGGUGUAAAAUUUUGAGUGUGUCACAACAAAAUAGGCUUCUUUCUGUAUGAAUCUGUUUAUUUUUUUCGUCGUAACUAGCUAAUUUUCGUUGUAUAACUUUACAUCAAUCAAACUAUAAAUUGUAAGAAUGUUGCGCUCACUCUAUAAAUCGUUUGAAUCGUUCAACAUCUCUUUCACAUCGUUAUUCAACAUUUACAUUAGUGUAACUGGCAUUCCGGUCAAUUGACAGCGGGAACAAGAAAUGUUUCUAUAAAUCAUUUUUCUUUUUGGAAAUAAAACAAAAUUCCGUGAAUCUCAAGAAA